UCUUCUUCUUCUUCUUCUUCUCAUGGAGGGCUUCUCCGGAGAAUGAACAAGAGCUCUCGGACCUAGACUUGGUAUUCCCCUUCCUCUCGUUUCUAAAGCCAUGCUUAGUUCUCGCCUCCUUGGGUUGCUGCACUUGCGCCGCUUCUCCAGAGCUUCUUCGAUUUCGCGAUAUGGUCCUUUUCACCAAUGUCGAGCUUAUGCAAAAACAACCAAGAAGGGCCCUAAGUUACUUGAGCAGCUAUCGGGAAAUGAAGAAUCAGUGCAUUCUCGGUCGUGGUUUAAUUAUGCCAUUCCCACAGCCAUACUGGCAAUUGCUGGAGCAGGCAUGUAUGUCCACUAUAAUGAUGAGAAGAGGGCUAUUUUAAAAGGAUCCAAAGAAAGCACUUUCUCUGAAAAUAGUAGUUUGAACAGACCGGCUAUUGGCGGUCCAUUUAAGCUUUUCGAUACAGAUAAUCGUGCUGUGACUGAGUCUGAUCUUAGGGGAAAUUGGACCCUCAUCUAUUUUGGUUACACUUCCUGCCCAGAUGUUGGGCCAGAGGAGGUCAGGAAGAUGGCCAAUGUCAUUGACAUCUUAGAGACUGCACACAAUCUAGAGAUCACACCAGUUUUUAUUACUAUUGAUCCUCAACGUGAUACUCCUGCACAACUCCAAGCUUACCUCAAAGAGUUUCAUCCAAAAAUCAUAGGAUUAACAGGCCCAAUCGACGCCAUUAGACAGAUAGCACAAGAAUACCGUGUCUUCUUCAAGAAAGUUGAUGAAGAAGGCCAAGAUUAUCUGGUCCAAUGUUCCAAAAACAUGUAUCUGUUAGACCCAAAUAUGGAUGUUGUGAGAUUUUUUGGGGCAGAGUAUUCCCCAGAACAAUUAGCAAAUGAAAUUGUGAAGGAAGCACAAAAAACAUCCAAGUGACCAACAUUUCCAGGUUAAUUACAUUUUCACAAUGUUUCUUUGCCCAAUCACUCUACAGAUGUUCAGAGUUUAGGUUCUCAAAAAUCAUUGUUGUAAAUGGAUGGUCUUUAUUUCC